UGUUCAUAUUUCGGUCAAAAUAUGGGCCAGGAGAUAUCCCAACAAGCAAAUCAACAACAACAACAACAACCACACCAACAACCACAACACCAACGACAGCCACAGCCACUGCCGCAGCCAGCAAGGAAGAGUUUCUACAGCAACAACCAAGAGAGCAAACAGCAGCCCAUUUAUACAGCCAGCAGCCAACUGUCGUCCAACUCCAACAGCAACACCAAUACUGAUUCCAACAACAGCCAAAACUAUCGUCUCCGGCACAAGUACGAUUCGAGCAAACAGAGCUACGAGCGUACGAAGAUCCUCCAGCCAGCCAGCCAAUCGGACACGGACUCCAACUACGCGAAACUCAACAGCCAGUAUCUGCAGCGGAGCUGCUCCCAGAGCUCGGACAGCGGCAUAUACAACUCGUCCUGCCACUGCUCCUCCGUGUCCUCGCUGUCGGCGUUGAGCAGCAGCAGCAGCAGCUGCAGCCGCAGCAGCUCCCUGGUGUCCUCCAGCAAGUCCCAUCGGUCGCUGGACAAGCAGAAGCACUACCUGAGCCACCACCUCUACAUCAAGUCGUAUCUGGACAUCUUGGAGGAGGACGAACGGGCGCGUGCGCACUUCAAGUCGGCCCGCCCCGGCGGCAUAAGGAAUUACACGCCAAAGAUAUUGGCCAGCGGCAGUGACACGGCCAGUGCCAGUGCCAGCGCCACAGCCACAACCACCAGCUCCAUUUGCUCAGCGGCAUUGGCCACGAGUGGGCGACGAUCGAGUGUUUCGGGAGCGGGCACGGGUGCCACUUCGACAGGCAAACACUGCCAGGAGGAUCCGUGGAUUUGACAAUUACUGAAACAUGGCGUUUGGCAC